GUGUGUCCCACUCUGCGUCCUUGUCCCUGCCUCCUGGUAGCCAGGAGCCACCCAGCAGCCGGCUUGUGAUUGGCCGGAGGAGCGGGGUUCUUGACACAGCGUGGUGCUGACUUCUCCGGGACGUGUUUCAACAGAUGGUCGAGGUUAGAGUGUGUCAUCACAUCGGAGAGAGGAUUAGAGGAGAGAGGUUGUCUUCCAGGAGCUGUGUGGUCCCCCUCCUCUCCCCUCCUCGCGCCGCUCUUGAAAGUAAAAACCCCAGCACCGCCAAGACCCAAAACCCCUCUGUGAGCAAAGGAAGAUCCGGUGCAGGAUAAACCCAAAGAGAAGGAUCCCAGCCCUGCCUCUCGCUCAGGCAAACCCUCUGCUCUGCUGUCUUCCAGUCAACACAGGCUGUGAAAGCUGCAUGAGUGCAAGUGAGUGAGUGGCCUGGCUGGACCUCUGCUCCCACCUAUCUCUCUCGCUCCCUCUCUCCGUUAAUCCUCCCGUCGACCCAUCCGGCGGCUCGUUGUACCAGACACCAUGCUUAUCCUGUGGAUGUCCUGGGUGGCACUGCUGACUGUGGACUGGACUCCAGGCAGCUGGGCCUUUACCACCACCAGGGCUCAGGGGCUUAGGGGUCGCAUCCAGAAAGAUCGAAGAAACAUCCGGCCCAACAUCAUCCUCAUCAUGACCGAUGACCAGGACGUUGAGUUAGGUUCUCUUCAAGUGAUGAACAAAACCCGCAAGAUAAUGGAAGACGGCGGCACAAAUUUCAUCAACGCCUUCGUCACUACGCCGAUGUGCUGCCCGUCACGCUCGUCCAUGCUGACGGGGAAGUACGUCCACAACCACAACACCUACACCAACAACGAGAACUGCUCGUCCCCGUCUUGGCAGGCUCAGCACGAGCCGCGCUCCUUCGCUGUUUACCUCAACAACACCGGCUACCGGACAGCUUUCUUUGGGAAAUACCUCAACGAGUACAACGGCACCUACAUCCCACCUGGGUGGCGYGAAUGGGUCGGACUGAUCAAAAAUUCCCGCUUCUAUAAUUACACCGUUUGUCGGAACGGUUACAAGGAGAAGCACGGUGCCGACUACGCCAAGGACUAUUUCACCGAUCUGAUCACCAACGAUAGCAUCAGCUUUUUCCGCAUGUCCAAGAAGGUAUUUCCCCACCGUCCUGUGAUGAUGGUCAUAAGUCACGCUGCUCCUCAUGGACCAGAAGACUCAGCCCCACAAUAUGCAGAGCUCUUCUCAAAUGCUUCGCAGCACAUAACCCCGAGCUACAACUAUGCCCCAAACAUGGACAAACAUUGGAUCAUGCAGUACACAGGCCCCAUGAAGCCAAUCCACAUGGAGUUCACCAACUUCCUGCACCGGAAAAGGUUGCAAACUCUGAUGUCAGUCGACGACUCUGUCCAGAAAGUUUAUGACAUGCUGGAGGAAACCGGUGAGCUGGACAACACUUACAUCAUCUACACAGCUGAUCACGGCUACCACAUCGGUCAGUUUGGGUUAGUCAAAGGGAAAUCGAUGCCUUAUGAUUUUGAUAUCAGAGUGCCGUUCUUCCUAAGAGGACCAAAUGUGGAACCAGGAGCAGUAAACCCUCACAUGGUGCUGAACAUUGAUCUAGCUCCCACCAUUCUCCACAUUGCCGGCCUGGACACCCCCCCAGACAUGGAUGGAAAGUCCAUCCUUAAGCUGCUGGAACAGGAACGGACUGGCAACAGAUUCAAGCCCAACCGGAAACCCAAAGUCUGGAGAGACACGUUCCUGGUGGAGAGAGGUAAGAUCCUGAGAAAGAAGGAUGACUCUAUCAGCACCCAGCAUACCAACAGUCUGCCCAAACACAAGAUGAUCAAAGCRACAUGCCAGCAGGCCGAAUUCCCAACAUCGUGUGAACAACCUGGACAGAAAUGGCGCUGUGUGGAGGAGAUCUCGGGGAAGUGGAGGUUGCAGAAGUGUAAAGGUGGUUCGAAAGAUGGCUCCAGGAAGAGGAGCCACAGUCUGAAGCCCCGCAGCAGCUAUGACAAGGAGUGUGACUGCGAGGACCCUCUGUACAAACCGUCUAAAGCCGAUCGGCGCGCCCAGCGGCASCUGUCUUCAUCAGGCCAACGUUUUCGGCCUCGUUUCGUCCACACGCGCCCCGCCAGAUCACUGUCCGUGGAGUUCGAGGGUCAGAUAUACGACGUCGACCUGCAGGCGGACGACCAGUCAGCCGUCCGCCGCCGCGUCAUCUCUAAACGCCACUACAACCCCGAGGACUCGGAGUUCAACUUGGGCUCUGACGACGGCUCGGAGGAGAUGCUGGCGGAUGAUACAAACACGGUGGGAUACCCCACCUCUCUGAAAGUGACCCACAAAUGUUACAUCCUGAUGAAUGACAGCGUCCACUGUGAGCGAGAAAUCUACGAGUCGUCCAGAGCCUGGAAAGACCAUAAGAGCUACGUAGACCAGGAGAUUGAACAACUUCAAGGCAAAAUCAAAAACCUUCGAGAAGUCAAAGGUCAUCUGAAGAGGACGCGCCCUGACGAGUGCGACUGUGGAAAGAGCUAUUACAACAAAGGAGUCCRAAACAAGGCAGAAAGACUGAAGAACAGGAACGAUCAGCUCCAUCCGUUUAAGGAGGCCGCCCACGAAAUCGACGCAAAGGCCCAGCUGUUCAACGAGAUCCGGCGGAGGAAGAAGGAGAGGAAGGAGAAGAAGCGCCAGAGGAAAGGAGACGACUGCAGCCUGCCGGGCCUCACGUGUUUCACACACAACAACGACCACUGGCAGACCGCCCCCUUCUGGACACUGGGUGGGUUCUGUGCGUGCACCAGCUCCAACAACAACACCUACUGGUGCCUGAGAACCAUCAACGAGACGCACAACACGCUCUUCUGCGAGUUCUCCACCGGCUUCCUCGAGUACUUUGAUCUCAACAGUGACCCCUACCAGCUGAACAACGUGGUGUUUUCGGUGGACCAGGAGGUCCUGAACUCGCUUCACGCUCAGCUCAUGGAGAUGAGGAGCUGCCAGGGCUACAAGCAGUGUAACCCUCGUCCAAAAGGCUUGGAAGCAGGAGGUAAAGAUGGAGGAAGCUAUGAGCCACACAGGCGRCAGCAGCAUCGAAAGUGGUCAAAGAGGAGACCGAGCCUGUCCUCCCUCACACAGCCGGUAUGGGACGGACGACAGAGUUAAGCUGCCCAAUCUGACCGAUGAGGAGGUGAACUGGCAGGAACUGGAGGACUUGUAUAGCAUAAACGAAAGCCUGUAUGAAUGUAGGCCUGACUACAGCCCCAGCCCAGACAACUGGGCCAACUUCCAGAAGGAUGUAGAUAAAAUGUUUGCACUGAGACACGUUUUAAACAACCAAACCCAAAAGCUCGACAACUCCACCCUGCCAGAGCUGGGCUCUGGGGCCGGGGGUGGAGGCCUCGAAGACGGCAGCGGAGAAGAGCUGGCCUCUACCAGCGGCGUCUGGCCGGGCCCGGUCGCCACCCCCGUCCCCAGCAGAACGCCACCGGCACCGCCCGCACCAGGAAAGAAACCGGACCCCAUUGUGAACGACCUUCCCGAGCACGUCGACGGCAGACUCGGGGGGUCGGCUCCGCCAGGCCGAGACGAGGCUGCGCUCCGGAGCGACGCGCRGCAGUUGGAGGAGAUGGAGGGAGAAGCGUUCAGCGGGAAUGGAAUGACGGAGCUGGAAACGCAACACGACGGCGUCAUGCGUACGCACACCAGCCUGCGAGCCCGAUCAGAACCCGGACACGGUCUCGGCUUUGGGCUGGACCCUGAUGAAGAGGAGGACAUUUUCAAGGCCCAAGGCUACAUCCCUUUCUUCCCRCAAAACCUGAGGCUGAAGGUGCAGGCCAGAAACCCCGCCCAGACUAUCGGGGUGGUACUGAACACCCCCCCGCAGGCUUCUCUUCCCCUCAGCUUGGACUACGAGGGCAGCGGCUCUCCACCCUCCAAUCAGACCCUCUGAGGCUCCAGCUUCUGGCUGCCAKAGACACACAGACGCUGUGAUUAAGAGCUUUGCAGCAGCGAGUAACACCGCCUCAGUCAGUCUGAGUUGUAUAAGUAUUAAAAUUGUUGAUAUAUAUUUUUAUAACUGGUGCCUGCAUUUAUUAGUAAACAAUAUUACUAAUAAAUGUAAACAGCUUUUUCCCCCUGCUGUACAUAUAAAUAGUAUAAAAAGAAAAGCCUUCAGGCAGCUGAACUUCAGAGUUGGUAUUGAAGAUGAUUAUUUCCUUAUAGAUGCAUUGAUGUUUAAUAUUUAAUAAAGUUGUUUUUAUUCAWACAAACGGUGAGAUGAAACCUUUUCAGCGGCUGAAUGGACGAUUGUUCAGUUUCGCUGCAGACAUUAAGUGAACUGGUAAUUUUGACGAAAACAUUCAAAAACUAAAAGCUUCUAUUUGAGGGAAAACAUACAGAAAAGACAUUACUUUGUUUGAAUAAUCAAGUCUUUUUGCACUUUUAGCUUAUCAGCAUGGCAGUCAAUUAAGUUUAGGCCAUCGAGUUUGUUUCUGUAUAAGAAAAGCCAUUGCAUCAUUGCGAUGUGAUGUUUGUAAAUGUAACCAAAAAAAUGUUGACUUGAAUCUGCAGAAACUGCAUAAAGUGCACCAGAACGACCUUUCUUCUGACAGGCUGUUCAAUAAYGACUUCAAGGAAGACCAUGAUGCUGUUAAUAAACUGUUUCAAACUCGAA